AUGUCUGCCCCGUCCAUCCACGCCGAGCCGCCGCCAGAGGUGGUGUGCGACCCCGAAGGCCUGCAGUAUGAAACCGGUCCACAGCUGGGCAAAGGCGGCUUUGCCAUCUGCCACCGCGCGAAGCUGCUGGGCCACGACCACCUGGGCAGCAGUACAGUCGCUUUGAAGAUCGUCAGAUCUAAGAUGGAGCCCCCCAAACUGGCACAAAAGUUUGUGACCGAACUGCAAAUCCACUCCAAGCUGGCCCAUCCCAACAUUGUCGAGUUCUACCGCGCCUUCUCUUUCCACGCAAGCACCUAUGUCGUCCUGGAGCUGUGCGAAAACGGCUCCCUCGCCGACGCGAUCAAGAAGCGCAAGUACUUCACCAUGCCUGAGAUUCGCCGCUUCAUGAUCCAAACAUGUGGUGCCAUCAAGUACUUGCACCAGCGAAACAUCGUGCACCGCGACCUCAAGACCGGCAACCUCUUCCUCGACAAGGACAUGAAUGUCAAGGUCGGCGACUUUGGCCUUGCUGCCCUGCUCCUCUCCCAAAACGACUACGGUGCGAUUCGACGGACGACCAUGUGCGGCACACCGAACUAUCUUGCGCCCGAGGUCCUCGAGAAGACAGGCAAGGGCCACGACGAGAAGGUCGAUUUGUGGGCGAUUGGCAUAAUGAUGUACACGCUCGCUGUAGGCCGCGCGCCUUUUCACGCAGCGAAGCGCGAGGACAUCUACCGAAAAUUGAAGGCGCGUGAAUACUCCUGGCCGGACCCAGCGAAGUGCGCGAACGACAUCACAGACGACCUGCGCGACAUUGUGUCGUUACUGCUGGUACACGAAGACGACAGACCCACGCCUGAUCAGAUUGUAGCCCACCCCUUCUUCAAACUAGGAAUGAUCCCACUCGAGCUGGACAACGGAUGCACUUCAAAGAUUCCAAGAUGGCCCAAGGAGCGCGCGCCUACGGCCUCGACCAUAAGACGAGGAUAUACCGAAGAAUGGUGGACGUUGUGCAAGGCUUCCGCGGUGGGUGAGUAUGAGCCAGGGAAAGCGUUUGGUGCGUAUGGGAGCAGAAGAAACAAGACGGUGGCUCGUGAUUGCCAGAAAGAGAUUGAAGCUGGCAAGCAGCCUAACAUUCCGUUCAGCAAGGACGUCGUCUACGUGCCAUUCCCUGCACGCGUGCAAUGGCCGCAUCAAGCUGCGCCUGGAGGAUUGAGCGAGAUCUCAGAGGAGAAGGAGUCGUCACAAGAGGGUCAGGCGCUGGUGGAGACAUCUGGGAACGACCGGUUAAAGGGGCGCCUCCCUCGCGUCAGGAGAGAGAUGCCACCGCCGGCACUCAAAGAAAACGAGCCCGUAGCAACCCAGGAAUCGGUACCGUCGACAGAGCCGGAGCCUGCUCGUAGGAUUUUGGACAAGCAGCCUACAAGAUUACGAGCAGUCCGCAAGAUCUCGAGCUCUGCUCCGGUCGCUGCCGCCACAGCACCAGCACCUGUACCAUUGCGGGCACCUCGAGAAACCCGGCCAACAACACGAGCUCGAGCUGCGAAGGAAGGUGCCAAGAAGGUGGCGCAAGAGACGGAGACGGGGCUCCCUGAUCUUCCGCCUCUUCGCGCAAUAAAGACUACCGUGCGAGUGACUGAGAAGCCGGAACCCACGCCCCAAUUCAUGACAUCCACACGAAGCACCAAGCUUUCAACAUCGACUGGAAGCGAACCAAAGUUCCAUGCUGUCAGCGGUGAACUACCGGCCACUGAUCCUGUAACGGUUUUGGCCCGUCUGUAUACGUUCCGAGACAAUCUUGCGCGAGCUCUCGAGAAGAAGCCAUCGAAGUCCCGAAGAGAGCAGCCUCCACAGCUGCCGUUUGUGACGAAAUGGGUCGACUAUUCUCGCAGAUAUGGAGUCGGCUAUGUCUUGGACGACGGUAGCAUCGGCACUCUUCUCACAGCAGACGAACAAAACCCGGUCACAGCUGCGAUUGCCACGGACGGGUACAACCACCUUAAAAAGAAUGGCAGGAACCGAGAAGCAGCGAAGAGUGUUCCGCUUGAAUACUAUACCACAGUCAAGAAAGAUCGGGGCCUGUCUCAAGUCGAGGUCCAGGAUCGGCGACGCACGGAAGAGAUUCGAACAGUCUGGCACAAGUUCGGGAAGUACAUGUGCGCGACUUUCGGUGAUGAAGAGCUGGUUGUGAAAGAAGGGCCAAGACAGUCGAACUUUGUAAAGUUCUACCAGCGACUUGGCAACGUCGGCAUCUGGGGGUUCGACGAUGGUUCUUUCCAGUUCAAUUUCCCAGAUCACACGAAGCUGGUGCUGUCGUCGGAUGGAGGCUACGCCACGUUCUUGUGCCUGCCCUACGAAGCAACAGCACUCCUCGAAGCAACGGGCAACGUACCCUGGAGACACGUCAGGGCACGUGAAACGCUCAAGGGAUCGUUACAACAGCUGCUGUACGGGUCUGCGGACAAGGCCGAUGGGUACAAAGCGAUCACUCAGGGCAACCAACUUCGCGAGAAGAUUGAGUUCAUCUACGCUGUCGUCGGGGAGUGGGUGCGAGAAGGAGGCCUGGGCUGCCUCGUCGAACCCAAGGAGUACUCUUGGACGGGGCCGCAACUGGAAGAGACGAAGCGACUGGACUGGGCGAGUGUUGGGCGUUCGGGCGGCGACGUCUUCUCAUGA